AUGCAGCAGCGGCAGCAGCAGCAGCAGCAACAGCAAGAGUUCUGGCCUUUUGCUGUUCUGCAGUGCGAGAUGCUCGAGUUUUUCACAAAAGCGAGCGAAACACUACAAGACGGCGCUGGCAACCGAGUCUUCCAGACAAGCCUGCCCUCAUGCUCCAUCACAGAGCUCCUUGAACUACUUGCAACAGUGCCGAUGGGGCUGCAGAGCGAGCGCCAGGGCAGCCUCGGCACAGCAACUCAACGCUGCCUUCCCAACCAACUGCUGCUGCAGCACAUCCACUGUGGCACACUUCACCCACAGCAAGAAUCCCGGUCCCUUUGCACCUCAACUAAGGACAACGUACACGUACGCAUCCACACGCGUCAAAGAAGAGAUCCCCUGUGCGGACUUCGAGCCCCAGUCGGUAGGAUUCGCGCCUGGCAACAACACCUCGCCUCUUCAAUCACGUCUGCUGCUCUCCUGCCUUGCUCUACCAUUGUGCCAACCCUCAAGAUGCUAUCUCUAACAGCAUGGCAAGCAGAUCCACUGCCAACUGGCGCAUUACCGUCCUGCUCACCGCCUGCUUCAGCGCCCCAUAAUUUCGCUGGCGGCAAAUUGAGAAUCCACAUCAACCGCGCCGCACUGCCAACACCCCGCCACCUGCCGCCUACGCUGCGCGUUUCUCGUCCGGACCCGUGCGCAUGCCCGUCUUUUGAUGGUGUGCUCGCCCCACUAUUUCCAGUCGCGCGCACAGCCGUCGCGUCAAGUUCGUCACUCAGCAGCAGUUCGCAAAGCUCCAAGCUCCUAAAUCUCUCCAAGCCUCGCAUUGACGCCUUUUUGAUUGAUGUCAAGCAUCUCCCCUUGCCGUUCGACGACACCACUGCACUGCAACUAUUGCUGUCCGAGUCGUGCUGCUCAUUCCUUGUCGAGCACAAUGCUAAUUCGGCGCAACGGCUCAAGACCGAGUUGCCCCGGACGCAAUUUCGCUCCACGCUCUAG